AUGCAGUACCAGCAAAAGAACCUGAGCCUUCAAAAACUGAAAAAUCAACUGAACCAGCUAAGGCAAUUCAACAGGAACAACAUCAGCUCAAUGAUGGGAAAGAAGAUGCCAACAUACAGAAGCCAACACCUUCAGGUUUCCAAACAAAUGAGUAUGCUGAUGCCCAGCUUCAGGAGAUUGUCAGAAAAAUGCGGGAAAGGACAACAGUAUACAAGGAAAAGCUGAAAGACCCAGUGCUGUCCUCCCCUGAAGGCAGUCCUACAGCUUCACCAUCAAAGAAGAAGCAUCCACCCCCACCAAAAGAAGAAAAAAAAGAAGAAAAGAAAGAGGAUGCAGAAUCAAAGCCAGAGGAGGAUCAUUACUGCGAUAUGCUGUGCUGCAAAUUCAAAAAACCUCCACUGAAAAAAUACAUGGAGCAUCUGCAGCUACCAGACAGCAUAGACUCAUACACAGAUCACCGUUACGUAGCAUGGCUCAUGCUUGUGACAGUCGCGUAUAAUUGGAAUUGCUGGUUUAUUCCCCUUCGCUUUGUGUUCCCAUAUCAAACCCCAAGUAAUACAAUAUAUUGGUUUACCAUGGACAUCCUUUGUGAUAUCUGCUACCUGUGUGACUUACUGAUUUUCCAGCCCCGAGUGCAAUUUUUAAGAGGUGGAGACAUAAUAGUAAACAGAGUGGAAAUGAAGAAAUUCUACCACAACUCUAUGAAGUUUCGGCUCGAUGUGGUAUCAGUAUUGCCGUUUGACAUUUUAUACUUCUUCUUUGGAUUUAACCCAGCAUUUAGAGCAAAUAGGAUGCUAAAGCAUAACACAUUCUUUGAGUUUAAUGAUCGUUUGGAAGCUAUUCUGGACAAAGCAUACAUCUACAGGGUCAUUCGAACAACUGGAUACUUGCUGUUUAUCUUGCACAUUAAUGCAUGCCUGUAUUAUUGGGCUUCAGACUAUGAAGGACUUGGCAGCACUAGAUGGGUGUACGAUGGCAAAGGAAACAUGUAUCUGAGGUGUUACUACUGGGCAGUUCGUACUUUAAUCACCAUCGGUGGCCUUCCAGAACCACAAACUCUGUUUGAAAUAGUUUUUCAACUGCUGAAUUUUUUCUUGGGUGUCUUUGUCUUCUCCAGCUUAAUUGGUCAGAUGAGAGAUGUAAUUGGAGCAGCCACAGCAGGACAGAACUAUUACCGUUCCUGUAUGGACAACACUGUGUCCUAUAUGAACACUUAUUCUAUUCCAAGAGUGGUCCAAAAUCGUGUUCGAACCUGGUAUGAAUAUACAUGGGACUCUCAGGGAAUGCUGGAUGAAUCAGAAUUACUGGAGCAGAUGCCAACCAAAAUGCAAUUAGCCAUUGCAAUUGAUGUGAACUUUGCCAUUGUCAAUAAAGUUGACUUAUUCAAAGGGUGUGAUACCCAGAUGAUAUAUGACAUGCUGCUAAGGUUGAAAUCCAUUGUGUAUUUACCUGGUGACUUUGUCUGCAAAAAGGGAGAGAUUGGCAGAGAGAUGUACAUCAUCAAACAGGGUGAAGUUCAAGUCCUUGGUGGACCUGAUGGUAAAAAAGUCCUGGUUACCCUAAGAGCAGGAGCUGUAUUUGGGGAGAUCAGCCUAUUAGCUGCAGGUGGAGGAAAUCGAAGGACUGCUGAUGUGGUGGCUCAUGGUUUUGCCAACCUUUUCAUUCUGGACAAGAAAACGCUCAAUGAAAUCUUGGUGCACUAUCCUGACUCUGAAAAACUUCUUAUGAAGAAAGCAAAGGUGCUGCUGAAGACAAAGGGGAAACCUCCUCCAGGACCACCAGUGCAACAACCACGGGGCUUGGCCGGUCUCUUCGGGCAGAAACAGGAAACUCCAAAAUUGUUUAAAGCGAUGCUUGGAGGAAAAGGAAAAGAAGGCCUUGCCAGGCUGCUGCAGCUGAAGAGACAAGAAGACACUCAGGUAAUGCCACAGAAAAUAGACUAGAUUCUUCCAGGUGCUGAAAGACACUGGGAGGGCUUAGGCAAACAGAGUAGAUAAAAAUGCAGUGUUACUGCAAUCGACAGAAAAAAACUCUCAGUAGCUGAGAUAUAAUCACUGUACCUAACCUCUGUAAACACUAAUUCUAAAAUUUGGCUCAAAUCUUCCUGGACCUGGACUCUAUGCAGAAUAGAGAAAACAAAAGCAAAGAAAAAGCAAGGGAAAAAGCAAGCAAACAAAAAUCCUUAAAGAAAGUAAGGAUAAAAUAGACGUUACAAAGACCCUAAGGGCAUCCUAUCUUCUAAUUUUAUGUUCACAACAGUAAAUACAGAAAUAUCCUAACAGUAAUCUGAUCCAGCUGACUCAAGCACAUGGUGGACCCUUCCAAUUCAAAGUCUGAUUUCUGGUUGUCAAAAAUCCUGAAGACAAAAUUUAAAGUGUAGCCCACACAGCUAAAACUGACUACAUCUCUAACAUAUUGCACUUAUGGGAAAACUGCUAUUUUACUUGAUUAAAAAUAAUUCCCAUAUUAUAUUCUGUUCUGAGAAAUGUUAAUAAGAACCUGCUCAGUUCUACAUAUUUACCGAAAGGUGGCAGAAUCUUUUUCUGUUUUUAUAGGUGAACUGGCUGUGCUUUUAUUUAUUUUUUUAAGUUAAAUAAAGAACUUUGCUUACACAAAUGACUACAACACUAUGAUUGGAGCAGAAACAUUGGUCAAUUUAAUGUGUGUUUGUGAACUUAACAGCAAAUAGGCUUUGCCAAGGAAUUGGGGCACUGGGCAACAUGACGAGAUUUACGUAACACCUUUUCUUUCUAUACUAGUGUAAGUACAUAAAGGAAGGCAAGACCUGAGGAAGGGUUGCGUGCCCCAAAACGUGCCUGUUUCAUCCUGCUGUAUUAAUAAGAAGCAGAUACUAUCACAAUCCACAAGCUUCUCCUAGGUUUUAUGUUGACAUUCUGAUUCUGAAAUUGUGUUUUUCAUUUAGAAACUGAUUUUCAGCAUCUAAAUACAAAUUUACAUAUGUUGCAUCACAGUAUCCAUGCUGUGCCUUUCCACUGCAUAUACAGAAUAGAACUACUUCCUGAAUUUCUUCUGCAGCAUUGGAAAACAUUUAAUUUCUUGUUUCUAGGAAACUCAGGCUGAAGUAGAGAAUAAGCCUGAACGAGAAGAGAAGAAACUCGUGGAGCCCGCAGCCCCAUCUGCACCUCCUGCACAAAAGGAAGAGCCAAAUACAGGCGCUAAGCCUAAACCUGCUGUUAUGCACAGGGGAACCAGUAAUGAGUCUCUGAUCAUUAGUAUGUCUCCAUCUCCCAGAGCAGGAGAAGGAGAGAUCCUUAAAGUUGAAGUUAAAGAGAAAAACAAGCAAUAGAUGGUGCUUUGGGCUGUGGCCCCAUCUAUUGUCUUGCUGAAUCCAGAGGGCUAGCGUGACUUUGCUUUUGAGUACAGAAGAUAAUAGUAGAGACUACUCAAGAGAAAAAUCUACCCCAGUUCCUCUUCUUCUCUUCUUCCUCCCCUGACAACUGGACAAAUUAUUUAUAUACUUACCUCUUAACCUUGAGCCUGAAGAGACAACCUUUGAUGUAAUAGGAAUUAGAGCUCAGACUGUAUUUCAGGACCACUUGUUUCUUGUUUGAUCCAUGCUCUCCCUUAUCUCUUACUCUGUCUUGUUCCUGCUUCUCCUCUUC